CCCCUUCCGUCCGAACGCCGGCGGGUUUCUCCGUGGCGGGGGUCUGGUCUGGCUGAAUGCUGGGUGGUGCCAAGAGUGGCUGCAGCUGGCGGCAGUCUUUUCCCAGGCCAGCUGCCUUGGACCAAGGGGAACAAGGAACCCUUUUCUGGGGCAUUGACAUGGCUGGGAGUCAAAGGAGCUGGCCCUAGAACCUGGCCAGCUCGCCAGGCCUGGGGGUCUGUGCCAGCAACAAGUUAUUAUUGCAAACAUGGACCAAGGAUCCAGAGGCGGCCCAGUGGCCCGGGGUCCAUGAGCUGCUGUUUGAGGCUGCAGGACACUGGGUUGCCAUGGGGAUAGCUGCCCUGGGCCUCCUCUGGGCGGUGCUGCUGCUCCCUCUCUCGGUGUUUGGAAUCCCCACUGAGGAGCCCACCUCUGGGGAAGCCAUGGCCUCUAGUUCCCCUGGGCUCUGUCGACGGUGCUGUGACUCUGAGGACCCCGUGGUCCUCGCCGAUGCUGCACAUGCGUCCUCGGCCUCUCCGUCCACCCUCCCGUACGUGCUGCCUGAGGUCAGGCCCUACAUUAACAUCACCAUCCUAAAGGGUGACAAAGGGGAUCGAGGCCUGCUGGGCUCGCCCGGGAAGCUGGGCAGGGAGGGCCCCCCGGGGGAGCGCGGCCCCCAGGGCACCAAAGGCGCCAAGGGGCAGGCGGGCAGCCCGGGCGGCCCGUGCCAGGCGCGCUUCUCGGCCUUCUCGGUGGGUCGCAAGACGGCGCUGCACAGCAGCGAGGGUUUCCAGCCGCUGCUCUUCGACACGGUCUUUGUGAACCCGGACGGGCACUUCGACCUGGCUGCUGGCCACUUCGUCGCCCCCCUGCGUGGCCUCUACUUCUUCAGCCUCAACGUGCACAGCUGGAACUUCAAGGAGACCUACGUGCACGUGGUGCACAACGACGAGGCGGCCGUCAUCCUGUACGCGCAGCCCAGCGACCGCAGCAUCAUGCAAAGCCAGAGCGUGAUGCUGGCCCUGGAGCCCGGCGACCGCGUCUGGGCGCGGCUCUUCAAGCGCGAGCGGGAGAACGCCAUCUACAGCGACGACAUCGACACCUACAUCACCUUCAGCGGCCACCUCGUCAAGCCCGAGGACGAUUAGCGCCUCCCGCGGGGCAGCUCUGGCCUGGGGUGGCCGCGGGCAGGUCUGUCCCCUGCGGGGCCUCGGUUUGCCCAUCUGUAAAGUGGGCCUGGGGAUCUGGCAUUCUGGGCAGCCUUCCUCCUCUUUCCUUCCCCCCGUCACCCCUCCCAGUCUGUUCCUGCCUCUCUCCUCUCUUGGACCUUUGAAGAAACCACCUGACCUAAAUCUUCUAGAACUUUCCCAACCUUUUAGACCAGCACUUCUCAGACUUGAAUGUGCACCUACAUCCCCCCGGGGAUUGUGCUAAAAUGCAGAUUCUGGCUCACCAAGACUGGGCCCAGGACUCUGCAUUUCUAGGACGUUCCUGGGUGAUGCUGGUGCUGCUGGCCUACGGACCCCACUUGAGUAACCAGAUCUCAUAACUUUCACAAUAUUUUAGUGCUUUCUGAACAUUCUGGAAUCUUCCAAACGUUCUAGAAUCUUCCCAACAUCCUUAAAUUCUCUCAUCCUUCUAGGACACCCCCUCCUCUUGUCUCUUGUGCCUACUCCCUUCUCUCUGAGCUCCUGUCUGCACCCCUACUUGUGCAGCUGCAGUUCACUUAGUCAGUCAUCAAACGCUCACUGAGCACCCACUCUGUGCCCGGCUCUGGGAAGGCUAAGGUGAACCAGACACAGGCCCUGCUCUCGUGAGCACCCAGGCCAGCCAGGGUGGGGAGACACACAAGAAACCAGCCCCGGAGAAACACAUGGGGCUCUGAGCACACAAGUCUGUGUUCGGGGCAUCCAGGCACCGUGGCCCCUCAUCCUCCACCACUCCCCAAGGCCAGUGGGAUAGGGUCCCCCAGGUGGGGGGGAUCCCCUACCUGUUCCUUUCUUUUCUGCCCAAUGCCCAUCAUUAAAGCAAACCCAGGGGGCCUUGGUCAGGGCACAGGUGCUGUGAGGAAAGGACCCAGGAGUUUGGGGGCAUUUUGGGAUAAGGGGGCCCCUGAGGAAGGGAGCCCAGACCCAGCUCCCCACACAGCUGGGUUGGAAGCCCGCCCUCCCUGCCCCUCUCCUGGCCUGCCGUCUGGGCCGCUCUGCCACAGAUGUCUGAACCUCAGUCCUCCCAGGCUCCCAGCCGCUGUCAGACACUGAUGUCUGUCCCCAGGUGCUCUGACCUCUCAGUAGCCCAGUGCCCCCGGCUCUCCAGGCUCCAUAAAGGUGCUGAGGCCCCGGGUGGGCAGCUCCUGCCCAGCAGAGCCGCCUCUGGCCUGCAGCUGCCUUUACAAACACCGCCGGGCAAAGAGCCAGGACGCAGGGCACCGGGCUUUGGACCCCUCAGCAGGUCUGGGGAACCAAAGCGAGCAACAUUCCAGGUCAGUUGGGGAGACACUCCUCUGAGCCAUGAUGCCAAGGGAGGCACUGGGAGAGGCUGAGGCCAAGUGAGGGUCGUCAGGACUUCUGUCCCUUCCCCCUCUCCCAGGGUGGGACAGCCUGGCGUCCCCCUGCCUUCCUCUCCCCCACCCCAGGUGGCCCGAACCUCUCCCCAGAGGGAGACUGCCUCCGCCCAUUGGUGCUUAUGCAGACUCCGGGGCAGAGGUGGCCCCGGUGGUGGUCUGUGGUGCUUACUCAUAGCCAAGGGAGCCCUGGCUGUGUGGCGGGAGGAUGGCAGCAGGGCUUGACGCGGUGCCUUGAAGCCUGGUCCUGUACAACCACCCCCAGCCCGACUUCGACCCCACCCUGCUCGCCCGGCGUGAUUAAAACUGUGUGUCUUC